AAAACUUACUCACUAUCCCAACAAACGAGUUCGCUCUAAAGAGGUCCGAAACUGAUCCGCUCCUGUAACAACAAUCUUUAAGAUUGAUUUAUUACUUGCAAGCUCGGGAAGAUGACGGGAGUUCAACCGAGCUCGAUUGAAAUAUCUACCGAUGCGCAAUGCAUUUUAUGCAAGAAACCGAAUAGUGCAGAGGCCAAAAUGGUCCAGUGCGAUGGGUGUAGCCGGUGGUAUCACUUUUCGUGUGCUGGUGUCGGCGAUAGUAUCGAAGCAGAUGAUCGAAGCUAUCGAUGCGCUUUAUGCCGACCACGGGGUUCCCGUACGUCGUCGUCGAUACGGUCAACACCGUCGACUAGUGCAAGUGCGAGAGAAGCCAAGUUGCAAUUGGAGAUGCAGCAGUUAGCAGAGGAGAAGGAACUUCAGGCGAAGUUAAUGGCAGAGAAGGCCAAGUUGGAGAAGGAGUUCUUGGAGCGGAAGUACAAGUUGCUCCAUGCGCAGUUGGAUGAGGAUGCAAGGGCGAGUUCGAGAGCAAGUGUACAAAGCGGUGUCAGUUUACCCGGUAGCGACGACAUUGUUCGAGACUGGAUUCAUAACCACCAAGCGAUCCUGAGUGCCAAAUCUGGGAAAGUUAAUCCCACUGGACUCACAUCGCAGGCGGGUGGCCACGUUGUAGCAACAGAAUCCAUACCGGUCUCAAGUACCGCGCAGGACAGCUUGAAUUUAGCCUCAAUCUCUGCGGCAGUUGACAACGAAGGGAGAUCCAGGCAGGUCGUCAUUCAACCUGUUAUGAAAAUUAUCGACGACGUCAUCUCUCCUAUUUCGACCGUAUACCAAGGAGGGUUCACCAGCGUAGCCAAUCCCGCUUUGCCACGAACACCCCUGCAGCAAUCAACACCCAGGACAUGCUCCGUUUCGCAGACGCACAUUCCAGCAACACAGCCGACAGUAUUGCGGCAAACUGAUGUCAACCCGAGUCAGCGUGCGGGGCCUGCAGCAACAACAUCAGGAGGAUACCAACAACCUGUCGACAGACCGGCAGCGAUGCACCCUCCAGCAGGUCAGUACGUUCCGUAUGCACCCCCAAUUUCGACUAUGGUGAGUUCUAUCAGUUCAGAAGUCUUCGCCAGAGAAAGCGCAGAACCUAACGCGCAAUACUAUACCCGACCACCAAACACAUUACCGUCAAUGCUAGGGCAGUUAGGGCAAUCUCAAACACGUAGGAACGAGCCAGUGGUGUACUCUGGUUUCGACAGUAAUUUCAAAAGCAGAAAUCAGCCUCCGUGUCUUUCGAACCCCCUAGUGUCACAAAACGUUCCCUACUCUGCUUCUCAUUCACAAUCUGUACCAAUAUCACAACCAUGGGACAAUCCUUAUCCGCCACUUCGUCCUUCUGUAGUAAGUGUCUCCAGCUACCAAGGACCAAUACCAGCUGUGCCGAAUCCACAGUUGCAGUACGAGAUGUCUCAACUAUCGUUCGGCCCUAACCCGCAGCAAUUGGCAGCACGUCAUGUAGUUCCGAAAGACCUACCGUGUUUCACCGGUGACCCAAUCGAGUGGCCAAUAUUCUGGAGUAGCUACAAAACGUCAACAGAGAUGUGCGGAUACAACGAUUCUGAAAAUCUGAUGCGAUUACAACGGAGCUUGAAGGGGGAUGCGAGGAAAGCAGUGAGCAGUUUUCUCCUCCAUCCGUCGAACGUUCCUGAGAUAAUCAACUCGCUGCAAGUGCUGUAUGGGCGUCCUGAGGCCAUCGUCAAUUCCCUGUUGGCUGAGGUGCGGGCAACGCCAGCUCCGCGGCCGGAGAAACUUGGAACGAUCAUCAACUUCGGUUUGGCGGUCCGUAAUUUUUGUACACAUCUAGUGUCUACCGGACAGCAUAUGCAUUUGACAAACCCGAUAUUGAUUGAGGAGCUAGUGGAAAAACUUCCAGCCAACAUCAAGCUGGAUUGGGCAAUGCAUAAGCAACGGGUACCUAAUGCAGAUCUGAGAGCCUUCGCCGACUACAUGAAUGUCAUCGUAACGGCAGCGAGUAGUGUCACGCCCGUUCUCACGAAAUCCGAAAAACCGAAAGGGAAGGUCGAGAUACAUACGGUGAACACACGCAAGGACAAGGUAAUCAACAAGAGCACAGUAGAGCCUUCCAACCAAGCCGGAACUGAGCGUCCUUGUGUGGUGUGUCAAAAUACGGGACAUAAACCGAAAGACUGCAGCACCUUCAAGUCGAAGACGUUGGAGGACAAGUGGAAAGCGGCACAAGAAGUAAAUCUGUGUAGACGAUGCUUGUAUCCGCAUGGUAAAUGGCCGUGCAAGGCAUCGAACUGCGGAGUAAAUGGCUGUCAACAACGGCAUCAUCGGUUGCUCCACCCAGGCGAUCCUAGAGAACCAAGAGCGGAGGCCUCAACUCAAAGUUCCAGCGUCAUCUCUGUUCAUCAGCAGCAACACACAGUUCUUUUUCGUAUCAUCCCAGUAAUCCUCUACGCUAAUGGUCGGUCAGUGUCAACCUUCGCUUUCUUGGACGGUGGAUCUGAUUCAACCCUGGUGGAACGAUCUUUGGCUGAAGCGUUAGGCGUAGAAGGUCCAAUCUCUCCACUGUGUAUGCAGUGGACCAACGGGGUGAAGCGUGUGGAGGACGAAUCGCAGCAAAUCCAACUAAAUAUCUCGGGACAGUCCGCGGAAAAGCAGUUCACCCUACGAAGAGUGCAAACCGUCGACAGAUUAGAACUUCCGAGGCAGUCCGUGAACUUCGCGGAGAUGAGAAGUAAAUUUCCGUACAUGAGGGGCCUACCGGUCCAAAGCUACAACGAUGCCGUUCCAGGCAUACUCAUCGGGUUGGACAACACUAGGUUGAAAACUACAUUGAAGCUGCGGGAGGGACGCGAAGACGAACCAGUAGUUGCCAAAACUAGACUGGGCUGGGUCAUAUACGGUCGAUCUGGGAAAGAUGUCGGGAUCCCAUUGCAGCGUGUUCACCAUAUCUGUUCUAAAUCACGCGACGAAGACCUUCAUGAAUUAGUAAAAAGCUUCUUUUCUAUGGAAAGCGUCGGCAUUGCGGUGAACGAGGUGAAGGAAUCAGCAGAGGAUAAGCGAGCUCAACAGAUUCUUCAAGCAACCACGAAGCGGACGGAAACUGGUCGAUUUGAAACGGGGCUUCUAUGGAAAUUCGACCACAUUGAGUUUCCUAACAGCCGCCCCAUGGCCGAACGGAGAUUGCAAUGUCUGGAACGUCGCCUUCUCAAAUCUCCUUCAUUGUACGCCAACGUGAGGCAGCAGAUAGCGGAAUACAUUACCAAAGGUUACGCGCACAAAGCAGUUCAACGAGAGAUGGAUGAGAUGGAUCCGAAGCGAACGUGGUUUCUGCCGUUGGGCGUUGUAGUGAAUCCUAAAAAACCCGAAAAAGUCAGGGUUGUUUGGGACGCCGCUGCUUCGGUAGAAGGCGUAUCAUUGAACUCCGUUUUGCUUAAAGGCCCGGAUCUGCUCACACCUUUGCAAGCAGUCUUGUGCAGAUAUCGACAAAGGGAAAUUGCCAUAAGUGGCGAUAUUAUGGAAAUGUUCCACCAAGUGCUUAUCAGGCGAGAAGAUCGUGCAGCUCAGUGGUUCAUGUGGCGGGACAGCCCAUCCGAUCCAAUUCAGGUCUACAUUAUGGACGUUGCCACGUUUGGAUCAACGUGUUCCCCGAGCUCAACGCAGUAUGUGAAGAACCAAAAUGCGGAGGAAUAUGCGGCGGAGUUCCCGGAAGCUUCUGAGGCGAUAAAGGAAAAUCAUUAUGUAGACGACUUCCUCGACAGUGUCGACACGAUUGCAGAAGCAGUGGAGCUAGCGCUUGGCGUCAAAAAAGUUCACGAAAAGGCUGGAUUUCUUAUUCGACAUUGGAUGUCGAAUUCUACGGAAGUGCUGGAGCGGAUUGGAGAGCAGAAUACGCAGUUAGUCAAAAGUUUCACAAUGGAUAAGGGCAGCAACCUGGAACGGGUGUUGGGAAUGGUUUGGCGACCACAAGAGGAUAUGUUUGUUUUCUCCCUAACUUCUCGAGAAGACCUGCGACGUCUAUUAGAUGGAUCUACUGUACCAACUAAACGCCAACUACUCAGCUUGGUAAUGAGCGUGUUCGACCCGUUGGGGAUGGUGGCUCCGUUUGUGGUGCACGGCAAGUCAAUAGUGCAAGACGUGUGGAGAUCCGGAAUCAACUGGGAUGAGCGACUUCCUGCGGAUAUCGUACCUCGAUGGGAGCAGUAUGUCAAGCUACUUCGAACACUGGACACGGUGAGGAUACCCAGGUGCUACUUUCCAGGCUAUCACCCAGAAGCAUAUAACUCAAAUGAGCUGCACAUAUUUGUGGAUGCCAGUAGCGCCGCAUAUGCCGCCGCAGCCUACUGCAGGAUUGUGGACAAAGGAGAAAUACGCUGCUGUCUGGUGUCUGCAAGAACCAAGGUAGCGCCGAUCAAACUGCUGUCGGUGCCCCGGUUGGAGCUACAAGCUGCUGUUAUCGGCACGCGGCUCAUGAAAUCGGUUCUCUCCAAUCAUACAGUUCCAGUCAAACGAACCGUACUAUGGAGUGAUUCUUCAACAGUCCUGAACUGGUUACGGUCGGACCCCCGAAACUACAAACAGUUUGUGGCGUUCCGGGUAACAGAAAUCCUGGACGAAACAGAAAUAAGCAAUUGGAGGAAGGUGCCUACCAGGCUGAAUGUUGCCGAUGAAGCCACCAAGUGGGGACACGGCCCAUGUUUCGACGAACAUAGCAGGUGGUUCAAAGGUCCUGAGUUUUUGUAUAAACCAGAAUGUGAUUGGCCAGCUGACGCAAUAGAAUCAGCAACAACGGAAGAGUUAAGAGCAGUCCAUGUACUUCAGCAGGUAACUACCAGUAAUUGAAUUUGAACGCUUUUCGAAGUGGGAAAGAGUAAACCGCACAGUGGCGUUUGUGUUGCGGUUUGGCGACAAGCAGAUGCAUCGGGAUAAAGCAGGACCUCUCAGCAGUGAGGAGUUAAAGCGGGCGGAGACAGUCAUAUUCAGACUCAUCCAAGGAACUGAGUAUCUGGAGGAAUUGAACAUACUUCGCAAAAAUGAUGCCGCACAACCAGAACAGCAUAAGCAGGUCCAGAAAAGCAGCCGAAUCUUCAAAUUAUCCCCAUUCUUGGAUCCCACCGGGGUAAUUCGAAUGCGUUCCCGCAUUGCAGCAGCAGAAUGCAUUCCAAGUGAAGGCAAAUUUCCCGUGAUCCUGCCGAAGGAUCACCAUGUCACAAAACUAAUCAUCAAUUGGUAUCACCGGAAGUACAACCAUGCCAAUAACGAAACGGUGGUUAACGAGAUUCGGCAGAGGUUUCACGUUUCUGAAUUGCGGAGAAUCGUCAAGAAGGUGGCCAGCAACUGUAACUGGUGCAAAGUAUACAAAUCCAAGCCCCAGAUCCCAUCAAUGGGUCCUCUGCCCUCUGCUCGUCUAACGCCGUAUACGAGGGCUUUUACCUUUACAGGACUGGAUUAUUUCGGGCCAAUAAAUGUUCGCCGCGGUCGUGGAGGCGUCAAAAGAUGGGUUGCGCUUUUCACCUGUCUAGGAACCCGAGCAGUCCACUUAGAAAUAGCCCACAGCCUGUCUGCAGAAUCCUGCAAGAUGGCAAUUCGCAGGUUCAUCGCCCGCAGAGGUUCGCCUCAGGAAAUUUAUUCAGACCAAGGGACCAACUUUCAGGGUGCCAGCGCGGAGUUAAAACAGCAGAUGGAGAUAACAAACCGAGAUCUAUUGGAAACCUUCACGAACGCAGAAACGCAAUGGAAGCUGAAUCCUCCGUAUGCUCCUCAUAUGGGAGGCAUAUGGGAAAGGCUCGUACGGUCAGUCAAGACUGGCUUGACGCACAUGGAGUUGCCGAGGAAUCCGGACGAGGAAACGCUGAUAACGGCUCUAGCAGAGGUGGAGUCCAUGGUAAAUUCGCGCCCUCUAACAUAUCUACCGAUCGACAGUGAGGAGAGCGCUGCCUUGACUCCAAAUCACUUUUUGCUGCUGAGUUCUAGCGGAGUCGUCCAGCCAUCGGCACGGCCAACGGAGGAAAGUGAAGUUCUGCGGUCAAACUGGAAGCAUGUUCAGGUUAUGCUGGACCGCUUCUGGAUGAGGUGGAUUCGUGAAUAUCUACCUGUGAUCGCCCGGCAGCCGAAAUGGUUUGGAGAAGCUAGAUCUAUCAAAGUGGGAGAUCUGGCGAUCGUAGUGAACGAAGGCGUCAGGAACAGCUGGACCAGAGGAAGAAUCUCCCGAGUAUAUCCUGGACGUGACGGACGAGUACGAAGCGCAGAUGUGCGAACUGCUGCUGUCAUCAUGCGACGACCGGCUACUAAACUCGCCAUCCUGGAUAUUGCCAAUGAAGGAAGUACCGCUGAAGAAACUUGAAGCAGUACGUGCGGGGGCGUGUUGGCAACACGGACAUGCGCGUUCAGUGCCAGCGGUUCAGCAUCACCCGUGCGAGUACAAUGAGAGGUCAUCUGAUGAUGAUCGACAGACCUGUCAUCGUUAUUGAUCCCACACGACCGAGAAAGUGCAUAGUCACGAUUGCAAAAAUUUGUUAUUCUAAAUUACUCUACAAUUUGUUAGUUUUCCUAAUUUGUUCCUUAUUAUACUAAGUGAUUUGAAUUUCUUAAACACUAGUUGGAGCAAAACAUUCAUUGUUACAACUCGACGGAUAGGCUAAAGUAGAGGACAAAUCAAUCUUAAAACUUACUCACUAUCCCAACAAACGAGUUUGCUCUAAAGAGGUCCGAAACUGAUCCGCUCCUGUAACAACAGGCUUAGUGGGUUUGCCUAGAAUCAAAUGAAUUACCCUGUGUUUUACUAAAUCAAUAGGUUGACGAAAUAAUAAUCCAGACGCAUAUGAAGGCCGUAUACAAUAUGUAGCUGGGAGAUGGUAACCUUUUUUUUUUUGUGUGUUUUUUUGUCGAGAGGAGAAGGAAGAUGUGGCAUACCAGUUUAGCAUCCUAUGCACAGAGAUGCGAAUCGUCAGCAUUCGCGCAUCAUCGUAUACCGCGACCCAACCGCAACAACAAUAUUCGCGGUCCGUCAGACAUCGCGACGUCGCGACGCGCACGUCGUCGGUCGUCAGCGACACGAAGCCUCGAGCCGGUCGGACAGGAGAGACCGCGCCGCCGACGAUCGUCCUCUUUCGCAUCGCAGCAACCGGGUGGCAAGCACGUGUCAUCCAAAACAGGCUGGAAGCAAUUUUGCGGCAAUCGGCUGAAACUGUAGUGCGGAAAUUUACAGGACGCUAGUGUAAAAAAUGAAGAAGUGUUUGGUGAUCGCUUUAAUGUAUAUAAGGAUGACCGUGACAAAUUUGCGCUAUACGCAACUGACGAUUUUCCCACACUUGUGAAUUCCAGAGAAUUACUCCAAACAGAAUCACUUAGGUGACGAACGACGAUUUCCAAACCAUCUUACAUGGUAACAUUUCAAAAUUGAAGGGUUCAUCCUUACCAGAAGAGUGCAUAAUUUAUUUCCCAUCAUACUUUUCGAAACCAUUUCUCAUAGCUUAGCAAUGCAUAUGCAACCCGUAUCUUUCAACACCACUCAAACAAUAACAGUUCAACUACAUCGCGUUUACAUUACACAGCAUUCUUACUCUCCGUUCUAAUUCUCACAUAGCGAACGACGACAUACCCAGUGACCCACUAAUAAAGUAAUAAACAUCCAUCGACACAUCCAUCAACUCUCACGUUCCGAUUAACUUAAGUCACACCAUAUGGUAACUCACCGCAUUCUCUUUCUUAUUGUCUUUCAUAUGUUUUGCUCUUGCAUUCUAUACUUUCUCUCAAGUGCUCGACAGUACAGAACGACGCGACGGUUAUUAUGAAUUCGGUUGGAAAUCAAAAAUUUUUUUUUGAGAAAAACAUUUUUGCUAAUUUUGGGUUGUUUACAACAUACAUCGGAAGUGACGUAUAUGAUAAUGCAACAUUGAACGCACACAGCGCGCCUCACCCGGUACUGAAAAAAAGUGUCGCUAGUCGAAAAGUGUCGCCAGUCAAAACGUCGCUAUUCGGUUUGGUGCUGGCGCCUUAAUAAUUCUAUUUUCCUUGUCUAACUAAUCCAAGCCGACGCCCACGAAGCAAUCAGAAGACCGUAUGACAAAUGGUUGUCAAAGUAACGCCCCGACGCCAAGUUAGAUAGACUUUCCGGGUUUGUAUUCGAUUAUCUUUAAUUAUCCAUGUACUGACCAAGUGAAAAAUGUAACAUUAUAAAAACUAAAGACAAGACGAAUAAAGAGCAUUCUAUUUUCAAAACCCAACAAAUAAGCUCGUUAUAAAUUAUUAUCUAACAAAAAAAAGUGGUAGUGGAGUUUUAAUUACAAUAAGUGGUGAAUAUGAGAGCGAACAAAUUGUAACCGAAAAAUGCAAAGAAUUUGAUCACGUUUGGGUAAAACUAGUCAUUGAAGAUAACAUUCAUAUUUUUUCAACAGUGUAUUUUCCUCCGGAAGAAGCUUAAAAAGAAUCAUAUGAAAAUUUUUUUGAUCUUACUGAUCGUAUUAUUUCUCAGUUUAAACCUGAAUCUAGUGUUCACAUAUACGGUGACUUCAAUCAAAGAGAGGCCAAGUUUAUUGUAGAUGACGAAAAUGAGUCAUUGUUGGUACCUAUCUUAGGAGAUAAUGAAACACUUCGAGCACUAUUUGAUAAAAGUGCAGAAAUAGGACACCAUCAAGGAAAUCUCAUAAAAAAUUGAGCGGACCUGGUGUGAUGGUUAGAACUCUUGACUAUCAUGCCGAGGACCUGGGAUCGAAUCCCACUCCCGACAAACUCGCAAAAUGUGAGUUCUUCCAUCGGAAGGAAAGUAAAGUGUAGGUCCCGAGAUGAACUAGCUUAGGGCUAAAAAUCUCGUUAAUACAGAUAAAAAAAAACAUAAAAAAUCUGUUACUUAGACUUACUAUAUACUAAUAUAUCCGACAAUUUCUGUGUAGCUCAAUCUCCCGUGCCCUUAUGGCCCCGUGCCCCUUUUCCACAUUGCGAUUGAAUACUGCAUAUUUAUUCAUGACAAGGCGACAAUAUUUCGAUAUAAAUUCGUCUGAACCAUACUUUGACUUCAGGAAUGCAAACUAUGAUCUACUGAAAUAUGAAGUGAACGGUGUAGAUUGGCAAAACUUAUUGCGUGAUUAUGAAAUAGAGCAAGCUGUAAAUAUUUUCUAUAGGACCAUAUACGACACUCUUGAAAAAACAGUUCCUUUGAAGCAUAAGAAAAAAUCAAAUGCUCAAGACGCCCGUGUGGUAUAAUAGGCAGAUCAUCAAUCUCAGAAAUAGAAAACAAAAGGCUCAUAAGGCCUACAUAUGAAAAUCUUGCGACCUAUAUGGAUACAUGCAAUCAGCUUAACUAAGAAAUGAAAAAAGCUUACGAAGAGCAUAAUCACGGUGUGCCAAAAACCGUUAUUAUCAAAUAAAAAUGUCCACCAUAUUGGCACCCGUCAUUCGAAAGAUAUACUAUCCUAUUAUCUACUCUGAAAAUUUGAAAAUCUUUCAUCGAGGGAAAUUGAAGUUUUCGCCAUUUAAGCAUAUUGCGUUAUUUCUAUACAAUUUUCAUAUAUGUAUGAGUAAAUAUGAACAUAUCGUGGUUCUACGGCUAUUUGUGAUUUCAACAAAUCUAUUUACAUUAGUUUUCCAAAUACUUAUCAACAUGUAUGAUAUCCAAGCAUAGUUUCUGCAAAUUAGACAACAUUUUGUUAGAGGAAUCACAAGUUACAAUAGUUUACUCUGAUAUCCCAACAUAUUUCCCUAAUAUGUUACCUAUAUUUCAGUUACUUACAUAUAAGUUUCAAACCCGUAUACGUCAUCAAAACAUUUUUUUAGCAAUUUGUAAUGAAUAUACGUGAUUGUUGAGCAUAUAUGCGAUAAAUUUUGAACCAUUAUAUUGCUGGGUUUGAUAAGCACGCUGGCUUAAGAGUUUAAGACAUUUAUAAAAUAAUUUGAAAAAGUGUUAGGAAGAAAAUCUACCACAUGUUUAAAAUAUUUUCUAGUCUACCAUAAAAGAGUAAAAAUGUGUCUUUAACAUGGAUAACCGAUCUUUUUUAAAAAUAAAAAAAUAUAUUCCAUCAGAUAAUUGGAGUUAUAGCUUAUGGUAUUGGGUAUCAACUCCAAUUUAUCAAGAAUUAAGUGAGAUUAUGAGAUUAUCAUAUUUACACAUUGUUGUUACAAAUUGUAACAACAACAAUAUAUAUAGUAGCAUGGGUAGAAAUAGACAUUUCACUCCUGCACACUUUUUGAGUUCCAUUUUGGCCCCAUAUAAACUGUGCAAAAUUUCAGCACGAUCGGAGAAACUAUAUUUUAGCGCCAGCCAUUUUAUGUUUUCAUACAAUUUACUAUGGAAAAAAUCACCUUUUCAAAGACAAAUCGCCAAAAGUGGCCCCUUUCUUUGAUUGAGCUGAAAUUUUGCACAGUUGAUAUGAGGGCAAAAUGGCACUCAAAAAGUAUACAGGAACGAGAGUUUUACCAUUUUUCCCAUAUAACCGUGCCCCAGACUAAUACAUAUGGAACAAUAUAUAUAAUCUUGUGUUUGACAUUUAGGUUGAAAAUUGCAUAAAAAAUUUAUAUUAAUUUUCCUAUAUUUCAAAAUGAUUAGCUAUUGUGAUUCUUGUCGUAUCUAAUUCAAAGUUAUCUUUGAAUAUCAUACACUUUGGAUAGUAUUUGAAAAACGAAUGUUUAUUUGGGUUGAAAUUAUAAAUGGCCGUAGAACUACGAUAUGUGCAUAUUUACUCAUGUAAGAAAAUCCUAUAGAAAUAACGCAAUAUGCUCAAAUGACAAAAACUUCAAUUUCCCUCGAUGAAAGAUUUUCAAAUUUUCAGAGUAUAUACUAGGAUAGUAUAUCUUUCGAAUGACGGGUGCCAAAUUGGUGGAAAUUUUUAUUUGUUAAUAACGGUUUUUGGCACACCGUGUAAUGCGUUAUUAGAAAAUAAUAUUAAAACAGAUCCUAAGCGAUUCUUCGACUACGUUAAAGGUAAACAAAAGUCAAAUAAAUUACCAUCAAAAAUGAGUCUCGACAAUAGAACUGGCAAUACAUCAAGUGAAAUUGGCAACUUAUUUGCUGACUUUUUUCAGAAUAAUUACACAGCGCAUAGUAACGCUGAGCGUGAUUUGCAAUACUUUUCAUGUUUACAUGAGUUCGGCAAAGAUAUUACUGUAUCCAAUAUAUCCUUAAUCUUUCAGGACGCGCGCACUCAAGCAACCGAAACUGCACCGCGCUUGCGCUGUAUACGAUGAGCGAGGUUUUUUGGUGGUGUUGUACUUUUUACAACAGCGCGCGUCCUGAAGGGUUAAAAGAAAUUGUGAAUACGUUAGGAUCUUUGGAUGUUUCAAAAGGUGCGGGGUUGAUGGCUUACCACCUUUAUUUUUAAAGAAUCUAUCAAAUGAAUUAGUAAAACCUUUAUUUUGGCUGUUUAAUUCAUCUUUGGAAACGGGUAUUCUCCCACCAGUGUGGAAGCAAUCUUUCCUAAUCCCAAUUUUCAAAAACGGUAAAAAAUCUGAAAUAAGUAACUAUCGUGGGAUUGAUAAUAAGUAUUCCAAAGCUUUUUGAGUCCAUAAUUAUAGGCAAUUUAUUUUCUCAGGUCAAGUCUUUAAUAACUAGUCAACAACAUGGAUUUGUGAAAGGACGAUUAACAACAACCAAUUUACUUAAUUUUAUAACAUUUACUCUAAACGUAAUGGACAAAGGAAACUACAUUGAAGUUUUAUAUACUGAUUUUAGUAAAGCAUUUGAUAGAGUUGACAUUCACUUGCUGCUUUUUAAAUUAUCCAAAUAAGGUUUCAAUCCUAUGCUUCUGAGAUGGAUUGAGUCAUACUUUACAAAUAGAACGCAAAAUGUAAGAAUUGAGGAAAGUUUAUCCAAAACAGUAAAUGUAUCAUCCGGAGUUCCACAAGAUUCGCAUCAAGGUCCAUUAUUGUCGGCCCGCCACCAAACCGGACUUCGCACAAUCAAGUUGCGACGCGACCCAACUCGCGACGUUUUUUAAGCACGUGAAAAGUAGUGCGCAUCCUUCCCGUUGUUGUCAGCAACACAGCGCACUAGAUGCGAAACAGUUGCGACACUUGUGGACCAAGAAAAUUGCAAUUUUUGUUUGAAUGUCGGUCUUGAUUCCAACCGGAUAGACAAUACUAUUAAUUUUGUUUGUGAACGAUAUUGAAUCCGUUGUUAAGCGAAUUCGCCUUUCCAUAUACGCUGACGAUAUGAAACUUUACAUGAAAUCAACAUUUUUUUAACUGGUGUAACAAAAAUCUUUUAGAACUUAAUGUUAAAAAAUGCAAUUUAAUUGCGUUCACAAGAAAACUGAAUUUAACCCUUGAAACAAUAACCCUAGGUCAAAAAAGUGUAGAACGAUGCAACUAGAUUAGAGAUUUAGGUAUUAUUCUGGACUCAAAACUAACCUUUGUUAAUCACUAUAAUAAUAUUAUAUACAAGGCAAAAACAUGCUUGGGUUCAUCAAACGUUUCGAUUUGCUCUUUAACGACCCUUACACAAUUAAAACACUUUAUGUUACGUAUGUAAGACCUUUACCUGAAUACUGUAGUAUUGUGUGGUCUCCACAUGAAAGAACUCAUAUCAACCUAUAGAGUCGGUACAAAAACAGUUUUUAUUGUUUGCUUUGAGAAAACUAGGUUGGGCGGCGAACUCACCACUACCAUCUUAUGAGUCACGAUGUGCAUUGAUUGAUCUAAGUUCCCUUGAAAAACGAAGAAAGUUUGCAAUGAUUGCAUUUUUAAAUGAUGUAUGCUCUCCGAAAAUUCUUGAAAACAUAAACUUUUAUGCUCCCACUCGAUCAUUAAGGAAUAGAAACUUGUUUUAUAUAAACAGUCAUCGAACAUAUUACGCCUUGAAUAGGCCUUUAAACAUGACAAUGUCUUGUUAUAAUGAACAUAGCGAUAGAAUCGAUGUAACUAUGAGCAGGAACAUGCUUAAAAAAGCUUUUUAUGCUAGAAGUCAGGCGCAAUUAGGUUAAUGCAAGUACAACAUUACUGUAGCUAUUAGUAUAUAAACAAUUGUAACGGUCUACGAAUUGAUUGACGACAAUAAAUAAAUAAAUCAAAACGGUGAGUCGAUAAGGAGAGCGUCCAACAUAGCUCUGGUCCUCACAAGUUCCUACCUCAUGCUUCCACAGGUCAAGCGAGAGUUGUUUGCUUAGCUGGUAGUGUAGCCUGGGCACUGUUGUCCUUCUGAUUUCAGCUAGAUUGAGGAGGUACGACCCGAGCGUCUGUUCACCAAGGAGGUGCGGCUCAAACAGCGUCUGUUCUGGCAUCCAGCGGCUGAGUAAGAAACGCUGCACCACACCCAGCUAGAUCCAAGGUGGUAGCCCCAUCAGCGUGGUCGUCCCAGUGUUGGUUGGGACGAUAAACAGAACUGGCACAAUGGCCCUCUGGCGAGACAGGUGUGUUGGCGUAGGCCUAAUAAGCCACCCGUUAAAAUCCCCAUUGCGAAAAACAUAGGAGAAAAUACGACUUGAUAUAAUCGGCAAAGACCCACGCGACGAAAUACGGACUACGAUUGGAAACUUGGAACAUGGAAUUGCAAGUCACUAGGUUUCGCAGGAUGUGACAGGAUUAUUUACGACAAACUACAUCCCCGCAAGGAUGUGCAUGUUAUAAAUUAAGGGCCGUUUCUCCAACUACAGCAUCAUCAACGACCACUGUCCACACGAAAGGAGACCUGAUGACGAGAAAGAAGCGUUCUACGCGCAGUUAGAGUAAACAUACGUUGGUUGCUCGCCGCGUGACGUGAAAAUCGUUGUCAGCGACGACAUGAACGCGCAGGUAGGAAGGGAGGAAAUAUUCAGACCAGUAAUCAGACGAAACAGCCUGCACGCCGUAUCGAAUGAUAACGGCCAGCGAUGCGUAAACUCCUGUGGUAUGGUAGUCCGAAGCCCCUUCUUCCCCCGCAAAGAUAUCCACAAAGCCACCUGGAGAUCACCCAACCAUCAAACAGAAAACCAAAUCGGCCACGAUCUAAUCGACAGUAAUUUCUUCUCAGAUAUAACCAAUGUCCGCACAUACCGCAGUGCGAGUAUACACUACCCGCCAAUAAUAUGGAAUCGUUGCAAUACUCAGUAUUGCUCACGGAAAAAAAUCCAUUCCCAAGACCAUGAAUAUGACUCAUAGUUUCCCGAUAUUUUUAUGAUUUUAUGUUAUAAAUAUACACCAUGAUUAAAUUUUAUGAUUUUAUAAUUGAUUUCACCAUAACGCUAUGCACCCGUAAUUGUUUUGGCUUUCGACGACCAAAAAUAGAAAAUAUAAUCAUGAAGCUAUGAUUAAAUUAGCUGGGAUCAUGAGUAGCAUUCUUGAAGCCAAGAAUAAUUUUCAUAAACCUGGAUGCAGAUCCUGAUGCUUUACCACCACAUUCAUAAAAUUAUGGUUGGGUGAGGUAGAACCAUGCAUAGAAUUCAUGGAAUCAAAAAAUACUUUUAUGAUUCCGUCGUCGUCGGACCUCAAUGCUUCUCAGUCAAAUUAAUAAAAUCAUGGUUGAUUGAGAUGGUGCCAUGCAUAAAAUUCAUGAAAUUAAGAAUUACUUUUAUGAUUCCGUCUUCGUCGAACCUCAAUGCUUCUCAAUCAAAUUCUUAAAAGCAUGGUUGAGGGAGAUGAAGCCAUGCAUAGAAUUCAUGAAAUUAAGUAUCACUUUUAUGAUUCCGUCGUCGUCGGUCCCAAAUGUUUUUAAUAAGAUUAAUAAAACGAUGCUAGCUAAAACCAUAAGAAAAUAAAAUACGUGAUAUCAGAGCUCAUUUCUAUGAUUUUGGGACCUAUCCAUCAUCCUUUUUUUCUACGAGCAAGCAGCACUUUUUAGUUGGCCUCCUGUUAGUGAAGAUAUGUCAUGUUCAAAUAUAAAAGAAAACAACAAUGAUCGAACUCACCGGAUAAUCAUAUGUAUUUGGCUGGUUUACUAUUUUUUGUCUUUGGCUGCUACAUCCAACGGGCUAAGGAUGCCCUCCAAACCAUAUCGAUUGUUUACUAGUUAGUUCACAUCACUUGCUGAGUCUCCGAAGUCGUCGAACGAAGGAUAAACCGGAAAAAUAGAGCGAAUUACCGUAAAUUAGCGCACGCGAUUCCCACUUUGCUUCACCCUCCGUACAUAAACUCGGAACUAAGACGGAUGGCACAACGAAAACGCGAACUGGGCACUGUUUACUUUUUGCGCGUUUACUUUUUAGUCAAUCAACUCCCAACAAACUGCCGAAUCUUACGGGCACACUGUUUUGAUGUUUCAUUUCCUGAUAUAUGCACAUUUAAAUAUUACUCUAACCAGAAAAAAACUUUGCAAAAAUAGCAGGUUCAACUUUUUUACAUGUAUGUGCUGGACGACCGCGCGAUUUAUAUAGGUACACCGGGGCAAGUGGGACCUAAAAAAAUGCUAGUUUGGUUUUGUCAAGCCAAAAAAAUCUUAACAU